AGUACACAGAGGUGCGAUUGUGCUUUCGACGGUUACGAUAAGCUUCCCGAAGUCCGGUAGGUGGCAGUGCAGUGUUCUCAGGUAGGGAGGGCAGGUUGUGGAGGAGUGGGGGGGCGUGUGUUCCUCUUGCACAAGCGCUCGUAUGUUGCUUAAACCUGACGUGGGUCGCAGCCGAGCUCUUAGAGCGACAGCGGCGUGUGUGCGCGCGGGAGUGUGUGCGUGUGUGUGACGGGGACAGAGUUGCGGCAGGGCAGAUCAGAAAGUGCCUGUAGCUAUUCUUUGGCCGGCUCGCGCAGUCCUCUUUGGACCGCCAGAGUCGCACGAGACUGGCGACACGCUCCGAAGCCAGUCGGCUGGCCGCGUGUGACCCGAGAAUCCCUCACUGAUGACCAGACUCGGGCUGCUCUGGCACGAAAGGUGGAACUAAACUACAUGAAUUGAUUUGAGAGCGAUGAACUGGCAGCAUGGCCAAGUGGUUCAAGGAGCACCUAGGAUUCAAAACUACCAAAACACCACCACCGGCUCCUCCGAAACCGGACUACAGACACUGUCACACCGGUGUGCCCGGUGCGCCUGGCUUCCAACAAACAAGCUCCGGGACCACCUUUCCGAGUCCCGCUCAGCCGGACAUCCUCGCUGCCUACAAACUACAAAAGGACCUGGAUUUCGAGGAUCCGUACACUCCAGGUGGAAAUAUCUCAUUCCCCCCGAGCUUGAACACUGUGGGGUCACCGGAUAUCAAGUAUGUGUCACCAAAGCACCGACUUAUCAAGGUGGAAACAAUCGAAAAGAGCAGCCCAGCUCCCGGCGGGGGUGUCACGGUCACCCAGGCUGUCCCCGUAGGGAGCGUUAAAUCUCCUACUUCACCUCCCUCGGACCUCGACAACAAGGAGAAGCUCAUUAUUCUUGAAGACUACGCGGACCCUUUUGAUGCUGAGCAGGCUGGCGGCACUCAGACCACCACAGAAAAAGUGACAACUGAGAACGAUGGUUACAUGGAGCCAUACGAAGCCCAGAAGAUGAUGGCAGAGAUCAGGUCUGGCGGGAGAGGUCCUAAGGACGGACCCGUGAGGCAGCUGCCCUUGUAUGACACACCAUACGAGCCAGCUGAGAAUGGUGGCGACUCAGACCCUGACCGAUUGCGCUGCCCCAGAGAAAGCAGACUGCCCCAGGAUGAUGAGCGACCCCCUGAGGAGUACGACCAGCCCUGGGAGUGGAAGAAGGAGAGGAUUUCCAAAGCCUUUGCAGCUCUGCUUUGUUAUGACUGCAUUAGCUACGAGGGCUCUGUAAAUGGCACUGGAUCAGAUCCCUACGGCAGAAAGGACUCCAAAUCCCUCACAGUAGAGAUUAAAGUGAUCAAGGACCUACCAUGGCCCCCUCCUGUCGGCCAGCUCAACACCAGCCCUCCCCCAGUGGAGGAGCUUGAGUCUCCUUCCCAGACAGCUCAGCCCUCGCCAGGACAGACGAGCUGUGACCAGCACCACCAUGUCCAGUUUGAUGGUGUGGAGAAGUCUCGAAUGUCGCCCACCAAGGAGGGGAAAACUCGGCCGCUGCAGCGACAUUCCAGUGGCUGUCUGGUCAACACCAAAAUGACUUCACUGGACCACUGCAGCUCCUCUCUCGGGGAACGUAUCGAUCCCACAAUGCCGCUGGAAAGCCAGUUCUGGUACCAUGGAGCCAUUAGCCGAACAGAUGCAGAGUCUCUGCUUAGGCUCUGUAAGGAGGCCAGCUAUCUUGUGAGAAACAGUGAGACCAGCAAGAACGACUACUCCCUCUCUCUCAAGAGUAGCCAGGGCUUCAUGCACAUGAAGCUGUCACGGACCAAGGAGAACAAGUACAUCCUGGGCCAGAACAGCUGCCCUUUCGACAGCGUGCCUGAGAUCAUCCAUUUCUACUCCAGCCGCAAGCUGCCCAUCAAAGGUGCUGAACAUAUGUCCCUGCUCUACCCUGUAGCCAUCAGGACACUAUAGUGCUCCAGGUCUCUUGCAGGCAUCUGCUUUGCAGUACUUUGGGCCAACCUGUGGCUCGCUGUUUCCUGUCCCUCUGGAAAGAGCCCACUAGGCUCACGGGAAGAUGAACAGUGGCAUCCUAAACUGCUGAUCUUGACUCACCUCACUGGCCAACAGAUUCCAGACCUGUUUGAAGGCCCUCUGCUUACUAUCUCAUACAUACAGACUCAGAUUUGCAGAAGUUUUUUAUUAUUUUAUUUUAUGUUAUGUUAUGUUAUUUUAUUUUAUUUAUGAUAGACAUCUGCUUAGUAGAUCAGACUGACUAUCUACAGAACAUCAUUUCACUGACUGUUGAGCUGAUUACCCAUAGCACUUAAGACGUAAAGAAAAAGAAAGGUACAACUUAACGUUUGUCACUGGGAUUUACCUUUUAGCAUAAACUGUUGUACCCUGUGUCCUGUGAGUACACAAAAUGACGAUUAUAUUUGAAAUGUUUGUUUGAGUGUCUCAUUCGGUUAGGCUCUGUUGCUACUGUAAUCAUAUUGCAAAGGGGAUUUGAAGAUUAUAAGACCUCUGUAAGGGAAGCAACAUUUAUGAUGCAUGUCGAGCGAUAUUGUCCACGUGUGCCUCAUACAGUGGCCGGGAUAUUAAAUAAACUGGCUGUGUAUGAAUGGAGCGUCCCCAGCUGCGUGGAAACAACAAGCCUGUGAGCUGUGCAGACUGAUCUCUCUAUCUUGUCAUAGUGCAUGUUGUCUGCUAUCCAUCACUGAGUGGGUGUAUCACACCAGUGACAAUGUAAGUACCGUGGUGUUGAGACAGGCAGGAGAGCAUGAUGGAUGGGUCAACCCAUCUGACACAGUACAUUUGGCUGAGGCUAAAGACCAGAGCCUGUCCAAAUGGACCAAAUUAUCCCCACUACCCCUGCUUAGAAUGGCUUUGCAUCGGGAGAAUGAAAUAUGCUUGUAUUGUCUACCUCAGAAAAUCAAUUUCAUUCGCCCAUGUGCAGAUCAAUAGGUACAAUGGGAUUGCAGACAUCGAUCUGCUCUCUCUUCGACAUUCCCAAUUCCCUUAAAGAAUGCAUCAUUAGUUUUAGGAAUAUGCUUUUUUUUUUUUUUUUUUUUUUUUAUACAAUUAAUCUGAGAUUUGUUUUAUGAAAACACAAGCAGUUUUUUGUUUUUUCAGAUCAGCAACUGUAUGUAUAGUCACUAUUAUAAUACUGUGCAACGUCAGUAAGAAAUGUUUGGUUAAUGCCUUAUAAAAUGCAUGGGUCAAAUCAGUCCGCUUAGAUCAGUUGAUUUCUGAUUCUGCUUUUAACAAUUGUUCUGUGACUGUAAUUUAUUCUGGGGUGAUUAUUACUGAUGUGUUACUCCUUUGUGAUUGGCCCGUUCCCCCCCCACCCCAAACCCCAACCCCCACCCUCAUCGUUCUGUGCCAACGUGAUCGUGUUUCAUGGGACUACUCCAGCCUCUUUUGCUGUGGUGCUUCAGCAUUUUUGUUGUUUCCAGUUCUGCUAAGUGCAAGUUUGCCUCGGUGGCCUCACUCUGGGACACGAGUCACCGCGUCUCCUGUCCAACAGGAUUGUCAAACCUCGUGUGAGAGACGAUUGCGUACCCGUCCGCACACACAUCGAUUACAGUCCAGCGUGUCCAAACCGGAUAAUCACCGACCUUCAACCUGUCAUGCUUCCACUUUUCAUUAAAAUCUCCAGAUGUCUAUACUAGGUGUAAGCGUGAGUAUGCAUGUGUCCAACAGGUCUGUGUGUGCAGUAUUUGUAUGCACAUGAGAAUGUGUGCACACACUCAGAAUUGCAGUCGUUUUCUUAUUAUUAUUUUUUUAACCCCGCUUUCCCCUGGUGACAGGUACAGCUCAAACCUCUUAGAUUGUCACCUCUACCCCCCCACCUAUGGCUUACUAUUUUAUUUUAUUUGUUUUAUUUGUUUGUUGUUGUUUUUUUUACCCCCUUUCUUCCUGUAUUCUUUCAUUAAGCAGAUUGGAUUUUAACAACUCAAAGUAAUGACAUGCUUGCUUCUAAUGUUACUGGCAAAUUAUAAGCCGAAGAAGCCGAUUUUCCAACAGUAGUCGCACCGCGAAGUGAUUUUAAUAAGGCUGCCUGAUGCAUGUGUGACCAAACUUCUUCUUCAUUGGUGAACUUUUUUUAUGAGCUGAAAAACUCAUUGGUUUAAUGAGCAAUUAGAAAAAAAAAGUUGGGGGGGGGGGGAGAGGCUUUAGUCCUACCUAAAAGUUACAGACACUAAGAGUUAGAAACUGGCUUAUGUGAGCAUGACCACUCUGUAUAAAGCCAAAUUAACUUUUGGCUUUAAUACUAUCUCUGCUGUGUGCUAUGCAACUAUAAACUACAGUCAUUGAAGGGAAAAUGUCAGGUGUGUGCCUCCUACAAAUGUUAAUGACAAAUGUGAUGGUACAAGAUGUCUGCCAGGAAGAAAUUUAAUCACUAGAGUGGCAUUAGUAAAAAAUAAACUGCAGAAUGUGGUAUGUAUUUAGAGGUAUAUUUUGCUGGUGCAUUAAGUGAAGAGACAGGUGCUGUUAUCGCAUGAGGGUGUCUCAUCAUGGCACUGCAGCUUUAUCGAGGAAUAGUGCAUUGUUGAAGUGGACCUAUGUGCUUCUCGAGAGAAGAUAUCCAAAUAGGAAAUGCAAAUUUAAAAUUAACCGUGUGUGUGUUGAAUUCUUUAUGUUGUGAAUGUUCACUACUUAAGAGAUCAAAUGUUGAAAGUAGCUCUUUAUUAAGUUACUGCUGCUGAUGAGUGUUACCCUACUAUAGGAAAGAUCCUGCGUAUGAUGGCAGCACUGUCUAGAGAGAGGCCUUAGCUUUGGAGAGUAAGAAGAUGGAAAGAUGUAGAAGAAGAAUAAAGGAGACAGAGGAGAGGGUGUUCUUGAAAAAAGGGUGAUGCAGUCAGCAGACACUCUCUUUACGUUUGUGUAUCUAUUUAUGAGAACCUGAAAGAACCCUUCUCCUCCCUCGGAAGUGUCUUAAAGCUUGUGUGUGUUGGUGUACGUACACACACAAUGUGCAUGCUUGAAGCAGUGUUUGUUGAAUGAGUGAGUGUGUGUGCGCGCGCGCGCAUGUGUGUGCACUGGUGUAAGCAGCCAUCAGCCACAGACUUGCCCUGAGACUUGACUGUGGUAAAGUGGAAACUUUGAGUUUUCUUUGUGUACAUUUUCGUGCCAUGUAUGUAUGCACUACUUCAACAUAUCUCUGUACAGUCCCUCAUGGCCAAAUGUAUAUAUUGAAUGUAUUGUAUGGGGACAUAGAGGCAUCAAGGUUCAAAAUAAAUACAAAAUAAAUACAUUUCAAAAAUAAAGUUGGGUUUGAUUUGACAGUCCCUGUUUUACACUGACUCGGAUCAAUAAAGCAAACUCGUAAUUAUUUGGUAAAAGAAGCGGGGGGAAAAGACCCUUUUCAGAAUCUCAGCCAUGACCAGUUACCAUGGUGAGGCCCUUCAAUAAACAGUGAAGAGCAACCAUUGUUUGAGUCAAGGACAGAAUGCUGAAGCUAUUAUCAAGCCAGUACUGCAAACCCUUGUUGUUCUUUAUUGAUCCACUUUGUUGCAGUCUCGUAAUAUAUUUUUCACUCUGUUCUUCAUUCCAGUACAAUUAUCUUGACUUGCCUUUGAAGUUUAAUUGGCAGCGUUUCCUACAUUUAGUUUCCCGGUUCCCUUUAAUCACAUCUUUCGGCCUUUAUUGUACAUCAGAAUUAUAUGUAAGGUGUACUCAUCCAUCCUAGAUUUUACAGAGUGUGAAUAAUACAUGAUUUUUUUUUUAGCAUUUGGAAAAAACCUCAAGUGACAGAUUGAGCAGCCAUUUCUUGGCCAACUGUUAAUUUUCCCUGGUGAUGGUUGUAUUCAUAGGUCUGUAAAGGUUUCUGAAACAACUGCUAGAAAGAAGAAAAAAAAUCAGUGCCGUUAAUUUGUUUAAUGUGACAACAAAGGAUUACGUUUUUUGUUUGUUUGUUUUUUUUAACUUUUCUAAAAAAUUUACUUCCUGUAAAUGGAUAAAAGCUGCACUGUUUUCUGUUAGUUCUUUACUUUUCAACCAGACAGUUCACCAUGGCACUAUCAUAUACUGAGUCCAGCUGUUGAAGGUAAUUGGAACGGUGAACUAUGCAAAAGCCACAACUUUAGGUUAGUUUAAAUCAAAUUGUUCUAUGUAUUUUUUUUUUCCAGCAAUUUCUUAGCAGAACUAUAAAAUGAAAAAUGACAGUGAACAUUGUCGGUUUACAUUUUCCUUCAUUUUCUCCUACCCAACACAAAUUAAUCUGACUUACAACCUCGGUCAAAAAAACACAAUUAAAACAGAACUUUGCAUUUUCAGUUUUUUUUAACCACUUACGCAGCUUAGGUUCAUGAAGGGAACUGAAGCUUAUCCCAGCUGCCACAGAGAGAGAUGGGGAAAACCCUCAACAGGUUGCCAGUCCAUCACAGAGCUAACGCAGAGAGACAGACAAUCUCACACUCUCACAUCCACGCCUAAAGCCGAUUUAGAAUCACCAGUUAAACUGAAAUGCGUGUCUUUGGAUUGUUGGAGAAAGCUUUGUACCCUCAGAAACUCCCCUCAGUAGUUUUUCUAGAAUAUUUACCCUUCUCUUUGCUUCAAUUCUGUUCUCCUUAAGAGAAACUCCGUAAAGGGUUAAAGCACCCUGGAUGAAAUGCAUCAAAGAACCUUUUGUGGGCAAAAAGUGUGCCGCGAAAGAAGGCUAACGAAUAAAAGCAUGGCUUGAAAGCAAUGAAUGGGCCACAAGGGGAUAAAAUGGCCUCGUGUCUAUCAGAAGCUCAUUUCAUAUUCUGCUCAGUCACGAUGGGCAGAAAGCAAUCUCAGGUAACAGACCUUAUGUUAAUAACAUGUGAGUUGCCUCCUUUCAGAAAAACAAAAGUGCAUGGAAGCCAUUAUACCAGCCCUAUCCCAUCCUCCUGCAACAGCACGUCAGAGGAUUUCAUCUAGAGAAUAGUGUUGGUAAUGUUCUGCUUGUCUGUGAAGCUGCUUGAUUAGACAAGCUUUUACACCAUUUCAAAAGGCCUGAUAUUGAUGAUUUCUAUUAGCCUAAUAUAUUGCCCUUAAUGACACGCUCCAGAACCUUGCUCAUUACCUGAAUCCCAGGUCACUGUGGGAAUAAUUGGGCAGAUUUGUGCCAGCUUCAAAGCCCAGGGCCUGAUUCAUUAAAAAGGACCCUUUUCCAACUGUUUAAGCCAUUUCUGGUCCAUGUCUUAAAAAUAUCUGAUUUAUCAAAGCUAGUCAAAAGCUCUAUCAUCUAGGGUUGUAGUGCACUGAAGGCACCUUGU